CUGGCUGCUGGCUUGGGAAAAGAAGAAAAUAAACCUAUCGCUGCUGGUUAUGGAAGCGAAUCUUUAAACACUUAAAUAGCGACGAGUGACCGGCCGCGCGGUGCUCUCUCCACAUGCAGAGUAUUCAUCUGUUGGAGGGGGGUAAAAAAGCACCGGAGUACUUUGGUGUUUAGGUCCGUCUUAUUAUUAUUUUUUUUUUUUUAAACGCCAGCAAGAAGAGGAUUUCUUUAGCGUUAGCAUAUGUGCGAGCUGGCUGGCUAACUGUUAGCCUAGCAUGGAGCAACUGCUGCGACUGGGAUAACAGCCUCCUGUCUGAACUCCAUGCCUUUUUUAUUCCACUUCUUCACGCCGAAGUCAAUGCUCUCCCGCUGGACAUUACCACCUGCAAGUUUGAGGGCGAUAACAGUGUGCUAACAUUGUUUGUGCGCUUUACGCCAUCACGUUAUCGCGUUGGAGCUAACAGGAUAUUAGCCACAUCUCCCCCUGCUUUGUGGUGGCGUGUGUGGCCAUAAACUGGGGAAGCAGUCCUUGCCGAUUGAGUGAUGGGAAGGCUGACUUAAUGGCGGCUAAUUAUUUCACGAGGAAAGGGAAUCGGGUGCAAUCAAACAGACAGAGGGGGUUUUAAGAAAGGAACACUUUGUUUUAUUUUGUUUUGGAAAAUGCAUCGGGGCGACGGUUCUUUUUCCAAGUCGGAGUAGACGAAGAGACACAAGUAAACAGCAGGAUUACAAUCGCACUGCUGCUUAAAGUCACCCAGAGAACAUCCGACACAGUCUACGAGGUGAAAGAUCAUGUCUGCCGCUAAAGAAAACUCCUGUAGGAAAUUCCAGGCCAACUUUUUCAACAAAAGCAAAUGUCAGAACUGCUUCAAACCAAGGGAGUUGCAUCUGCUGACGGAUCAGGAUUUGACACAGGCUAAGCCGAUUUAUGGUGGUUGGUUGUGCUUGGCUCCUGAGGGAACUGAUUUUGACAAUCCUAUGCAGCGGUCGCGGAAAUGGCAACGGCGAUUCUUUGUGUUGUACGAACAUGGCUGUCUGCGCUUUGCCCUGGACGAAUCACCAAGCACACUGCCUCAGGGAACAGUGAACAUGAACCUUUGUUCUGAUGUCAUUGACGCUGAGCCCAAGACAGGCCAGAAAAACUCUUUAUGCAUCAUCACCCCAGAACAGGAGUACUUCAUCAGAGGAGAAAAUAAAGAAAUAAUUAAUGGCUGGACUGAACAACUGGUUGUGUAUCCACGCACAAAUAAACAGAACCAGAAAAAGAAACGCAAGGUGGAGCCUACAACCUCACAGGAGCCAGGCCCAGCCAAAGUAGCAGUGACUGGUUUGGGCAUCCCUGAGGCAGAGAAGGUUCCAGACUCCAGUUCCAUCAUCUGGCAGGAAGAGCUGAACCAAAGAGAGGCGGAAGUGGCUACAGUCUGGACCCCUGCUGAGCUGCCCCCAGGAUCGCCGCCACUUCCUUCAGGUGAAUGUAUAACUGUCAGACAUGAGUCUGACGCUGGCUCAGUGAAUGGUGAUGAGGUGGACCAGGGUAGCGGGGUGCUGCACGGUUCUGUGCCACAGCCGCCCAGUGACCUCCUUUCCCCAACAGGCUCCUGCUCCAGCCUGGGGGGUGUACCCCGCUGCCUCUCUCCAGCUCCCAGUGACCCCUUUCCCUCUGGCAGCUCACUGCUUUCAAAUGGUUCUCACAUCAGUGGUUCUGUAAGCUCUCUGGACUCCGAUGCCAGCGGCAGCACAGUGACCAGCACUGAAAGCCACCCAGCCAAUCAGAGGGGAAACCAUUUAUACAGCCACCACGACACACAUCGAUCUCGAAAGCUGGAGGUCGAGGAACGAAAGGCAGAGAAGAGGAGCCGUUUUAGGAGCCCUGACAGACAAGAGAGGGAGGCUGUCCUCAGCCCGGAGAGGAGUCGCUCUGGUGUUAUUGAGAAGUUGGAAGCCCUGGAGCUUGAGAAUCAAGAGAAAAUGGAGGUGGAAGAGAGUGGAAGCAGACAAGGCCGCAGUGAACACAGACGUUUCCACCGAGAGGAGCAGAGGGCUGUCAUGGGUCAAGGUCGGGAUUUCCCCUCCACUUUACCACCUCUUCGGAGAGCCAAGUCCCUUGACCGAAGGACCACCGAGUCAGUCAUGACACCCGAUUUACUGAACUUCAAGAAAGGCUGGAUGGUGAAGCUGGAUGAAGGACAGUGGAAGAAAUACUGGUUUGUGUUGACGGAUCACAGCCUGCGGUACUACAAGGAUUCUAUAGCAGAAGAGGCCUCUGACUUGGAUGGGGAGAUUGAUCUGUCAACUUGCUACAAUGUAACUGAAUACCAAGCUCAACGGAAUUAUGGGUUCCAAAUACAAACUCAAGAGGGAGUCCACACACUUUCAGCGAUGACGGCAGGGAUACGGAGGAAUUGGAUCCAAGCAGUCAUGAAAAAUGUCAGACCAUCAACUGCUCCUGAUGUAGCAAGCUCAACCGAGGACCAAGGUUCAUUCUCUCCUUUGGAGGGUCUGAUCAGACCAGAUGUGACUCAUGACUCAUUAUCCUCUGAAACCUCAUCUGUAGAGAGAGAAUCCACUCCGACUGUCAUAAAGAGCCGAGCACGUGAACGUCGACGGGAAGGUCGAUCAAAAACCUUUGACUGGGCAGAAUUCAGGCCCAUUGCCCAAGCCCUGGCUCAGCAACGGGCACAGGAAGCAGAGAGCCUCCAGGCGGACCUCGGAGAACUUGAGCGCAGUCGGAGGAGGGAAGAAAGACGGAAAAGGUAUGAGUCUGCGACAAGCUCGUCGAUAGAGCAUUCGUCACUCAAAGACACUGCGAGACUGGAAUCUGAAAGUGUCGAUAGACUUGGACACCCAGGGCAUGAUUCAUCAGGUCCUCAAUUUCUGGAGAGACAGCAGAAAGUGGAGGAGGUAAUUGAACAACAUUGGCGGCAGGUCGAGAAGACACCGAUACGGGAAGAGCAUAGGGUGUCCCUGUCCUUAACAAGUCUACCCAGAGAGAAUGCAGAGCUCAACCAGCUGUUGGAAAAUUACAAGCAAGGGAUAGAGGACCUUAAAACACAGUUAGAAGCCUGUCACCAACAGCUGCUUCAUUCCAAUAAUCACAAGCAGGAGCUGGAACUGCAGCUGAGAACAGCUCUGGAAAGGGAGCAGGACAUACGGGCAGGUUAUAUAUCACCGCUGGAACACCAUUUGGGUCUGGAGGCUGAUGUGACGCCCCAGAUGAAGAGACCAGAACUGGUUAGUUCUCAAGCACAGAGUUUAACAAAGAAGUACCAGGAGACCAAAGAGCUCCUGAAGCUGCAAGAGUUGAAAAAGCGCAAUAUGCAGGCACAGCUUGGCCUUUCACUUUCUCACCAACCCAUUAAGGAACCUUAUUUUUCUGAACCCCCAAAAACACCCAUUUUGGAAGACAAUAACCCAGAACAUGUACAAACAAUUAGCCUUUUGCUUCAGGACAGUACAGAAGCAAUUCAAGAACUCGAUGACUUGAUCACUGGCAAAUCUCUUACUUUAAAGGAGCUGACAACACUGUUAAAAUCCCACACUUCCAAUCAAGACGUAUCAGAGAAACAACCUUAUCACAAGCUUUUGGAGACCUGGAAAUGUCAACAGGAGAUAGAAAAUGAAAUGAUUAAGAAUAGUUUGGCUAAGGCAGGUGAAAGCAUCCUGGAAUAUGAGUCUCGUCUUUUAAACAUGGAGGAUCUGGUGGGAAAGGUUCAGAAGCAAAGCCUUAAUAGCUCAUAUGGUCCCCUGUCAAAAAUUGAUAACCAUUCAGAGAAAAAAGAGGAGACUAUUGGAAUGCUCGCUCAGAGGGUAGAGCUUUUAACAAGUGAAAAUGGGGCAUUGAAACAAAAAUGUCAGGAGAUCGUGAACCAACUGACUGAGGCGGACAGAGAAAUAGACAGACUAAAAGCUGAGCUCAUCAGCCAUCAAGGUGGCAAACAGCAUCAUCUUGUUAUGGAAGAAAUGAAACGACUAAAGACUGAUCUGGCUGAAAGCCAGGCUAAUGCUAUAGACAGGGAGUAUUACAAGAGAGAGCUGAAUGAGAAAUCACUGAGGCUCCGUGAAGCUCUGGUAACAUUAGAGGAGAUGGGCACCAGCCUUAAAGACACAGAGAAGAAGCUGCAGUUGAAAGAGGCCACAUUGAAAGGUCUGGGAUUCCAAGCAGAUUAUGAGGGUGAGGUUUUACACCUUGAGCAAGAGCAUCUUAAGGACCUACUCAAAGCCUCACAAGAAAAGUUAUUUGAAAUGGAAGCAAUCGUCAAUACUACACAACAACACUGUAUCGAACUUGAAUCCAGGAACAGUGAACUGAUCACACUGCACCGGAAAUCAGAGGACGUCGGUAAAAGAAAACUGAAAGAAGCAGAAAAUCAGAUACUAAUGCUACAAGAGAAGUUAGAAAUAAGGACUAGCGUAGGUGAAAAGUCAAUGGCUGUUGGUGAGUGUUUUGAGGAGGGAGGCAAGCAUGUUGAUAAAGUUAUUUUAAAGCAAGUAGUAGAUGAUAUUGAGAUGAAGGCUGAGGCAACUAAUCAGGUUUUAGACUUGUUAUCAAAGGUAGAUGUUGAUGUAGAGAAAUUGUUAAAAAAUUUAAAAAGCACUUUAAGUGUAAGCAGGUUACUUACCUCUCCAAAAGAAGGGGUCUUCUGUGUAAGUCAAAAAGACACUGUUCUGGUUUUAGAGGCAGAAUUCUUGAGACAAUUUGUAAAUACCACUGAAAUGAAACUGGAAGCAUGCAAACUUGGUUAUACUCCUAGUUUGGCACAAGAAAUGGCAUUUAAGAGUUUGAUGCUCCUUGAAAGUCAAAUUUAUGCAAAUGCAGAAGCUGAGAGAGAAAGAAUGACAGAUGCAGAUUUGACAUCUAUGUACAGCUGGCUUGAUAAUGAAACAAACACCCUUAUUCUUAAAGAGUUGACAAAAACAAUGAAGGCAAGAGCAUUGCUUUUGACAAAAAUUGCAUCAAGGGUCAAGUUGGCUAAAGAUGACAAUCUUCUGUCAUUCGCUCUAGAGAGCUUUACAUCUGGUCUAGAACAAAAGCAGCCGUCGGAGUAUUUGCUUGAUGCUCUUAAAGAUGCUUGUUUGUUGUAUGCGAUUAUUAGGCUGCAAUUUCUGCAUGAAAAACAGCCGAUAAGAAAGCAGACCAAAGUUCAAACUGAUAGCUUUGAGUGUGCCAAUUGCCCUAAAUUGAGAGAUGCUGCCAAAGAUCUGAAUACUAAAAUAGCAGAGCUCCAUAAUCAACUGUCUGAGGUAGCUAUGAAAACCAACCUGGCGCCACAUAUGGACGGAGUGCCUAUUGACUCAACUGAUAAAACCUUUGAACUUCAUUCCGUAAUUGCCAGGCUUGAGAAAGAGCUUCAUGAGGUCAAAGAGAGCUAUGAACAGGAAGCUGACAAACUGCGUCAGGAAAUUGCUCAAGCCAGUGAAACACUUCGCAUCCAUUCAGAAGAAAAUGUCAAAGAGGUUAAUUUACUGACAAACUGCAUGGAGGACCUCAAGAAGACACACCGAUUGGAACAAAUGAACCUGACUGAGAGGAUUGACAGAGAAAUGGAGGAGCUGAGGAGCAUGAUGACUUCUUCAAACCCAAACAAGACUUCUACAGCUGAGGACAGUCAGUCCCAUGGCACCCUGGACCAGACAUCCCAUCUCAAAGAGUGCAUCCAAGCACUGCUGACACAAGUUUCAGUUAUGACUGAAGAGAUGAGGCGUCGUGAAGAGCAGGGCGACAUAACCACGCUACGGCUGAAAUACGAGAAAGACCUGGACAAUUUAAAGGCGACAUGUGAGAGGGGCUUUUCUGCAAUGGAAGAGUCUCAUCAGAAGGUGAUAGAUGAGCUGCAGAGAAAACAUCAGAGAGAGCUGGAGAACCUGCAUGAGGAAAAAGAAAGACUCCUGGCUGAGGAGACUGCAGCCACUAUCGCUGCGAUUGAGGCAAUGAAAAACGCCCACCGGUCAGAGCUUGAGAAGGAGCUGGACAAGGCUCGUAAGACCAACAGCAACACAGAGAAUGCAGACUUGGAUGAAAUCCACAGACAGCAUGAGGAGGAACUGUGUUCGUUCCAGCGGGAAAUCGAGGUGUUAUCAGAGCAGUAUUCCCAGAAGUGCCUGGAAAACGCCCACCUGGCCCAGGCUCUGGAGGCCGAGAGGCAGGCCCUCAGGCAGUGUCAGAGAGAAAACCAGGAGCUAAAUGCUCACAACCAGGAACUUAACAAUCGUCUGGCAGCAGAAAUCACCAAGAUGCGUUCAAUGACAUCUGAGGAUGGAAUGGGAGACACAAACACUACAAUACAGGGAAAAGAGCUCUACGAGUUGGAAGUUAUGCUAAGGGUGAAGGAGUCCGAGGUCCAAUACUUAAAGCAGGAAAUUAACUCCUUAAAAGAUGAACUCCAAGCUGCGCAAAGAGACAAGAAAUAUGCAACAGAUAAGUACAAGGACAUCUACACAGAAAUGAGUAUCGUCAAGGCCAAAGCAGAGCGGGACCUUGGCCGACUCAAAGAACAGCUACAGCUGGCUCAUGAAGCACUCGGCGAACCAUCACUGGAGGAAGUGGACAGAGGAGGAUAUGAUAUCAUGAAGUCCAAAAGCAACCCUGACAUCCUUAAGAUGGCAGCUGCGGCGGCCAAGCGGUCAGAACGCACCAUGAGGUCAAAGAGUCUCAAGGAAGGACUGACACCCGAGCAAAGACUCCACCUCUUUGAAAAUAAAGACACUAAGGAGUUCUGAAUGUGUACAGUCCUCCUGCCUGCAUGUUAGAAGAGGCCACUAUUUUAGCUCUGUAAUGACUUAUUUAGUAACACUACACACUGGUCAUAAAACAAAACAUUUAUCAUUCAAUGAAACAUGAUAUGAAGUUCAAAUUUCAUGUUUAGAAUUUGCAUUCCAUGCACUUCAGUUAACUGUGACAUUUUUGUUUUUUUUAUGUUUUGCUGCCGUUGUCUUACUGGUAAUGUUUUUUGUUUUUUUUUAAUUGAGCAUCUGUCACGCGUACACUAAAACUAUGAGUGUGUAAGCUACUGUUUUAACUCCUAGACUGUUGCGAGCCAAGGAUGUGAUGUCUUGACGACAAAACUAUAUUUACUGCAAAUAAUACACGCAUAAAACUUAGGAAAGAGUCUGGGCUUUAAGGGCUGCAUGUGAAACACUCAUUCUAGGACAGUUGGUAGUGAGAAGAAACGUGCACAAUCGCGUUAUCAAACAACAAUCGACCAUGUUGCUGCAUUGCCUCACUUAAGAGUAACAUCAUAGAUGUUCUCUGCCAUUCUUGGAUUGGUCCCCGCAAAAGACGGCAGCUGAAUGCACAUGGAUAAGGUUCUCUGACUAUAAUUUAAAUAUAUAUUAAAUUUAUAUAGGGUUUUUUUGCCACUGCAAUCAUUGUUCCAACUGUAUAGAGGGAUUGGUUGUGUUUGUAGUCUGUAUUUAUUUAAAACGGUUGGGAUUUUUUUUUUUCUUUCACAUUCCCAUUCCUCUGUACUCUUAUAGUGUAAAUAUAAACCAAAUACACAUAUUCACCAACUGAUUACAAGUUUAUUAGCAAUAAAUAUUUUUGCACCCUU